CAGCCUGCAGCCACAAGCUCACCGAUGGAGCAGACUCCGGACCUGGGACUUGGGGACUCUUCGCUGCACCGCUACCUGGACGGAGAAUUUUGGAGCCUCAAGAAUGAGCUGCGCAGAGCCCUGGGAUGCUCACCUCUCUUCCAGCCCAGGUAUGAUUUAAGUUUGGAUGAGAUGAGAGCUUUGACAAAUCAGCAAGUGAAGUUUGUCACAAGUCUCCCUGUGUUAAAGCAUGUUCUCCAGGAACAGGAAGAAAAAAGAAAGAAUUUCCUCAGCCGAAGCCUUGUCCUGGGGGAAGUUCUCGGGACAGUGGAUGUGGCCAUGUGCGUGAAGUGUGGAAUCAUUCAUUUGUUGUUUGGUGGUGCUGUCAACAAUCUUGGAAGCCCUGAACAUGUUACCAAGUGGUUUCGGCCGCUCAAGGAGCAGAAGUAUACAGGGAUGUUUGCAAUGACUGAGAAGGGUCAUGGGAGCAACGUGAGAGGGAUCCAGACUGAGGCCAUCUUUGACCGUGACAAUCAGGAGUUCGUGAUCGACACGCCGUGUGAAAAUGCACAGAAGAUGUACAUCGGCAACGCCAUGCACGGGAACUAUGCUGCCGUCUUUGCCCAGCUCAUCACUGAGGGAAGGUCUCAAGGACCUCACUGCUUCAUCGUUCCUAUCAGGGAUGAGAAUGGAAACGUGUACCCAGGAGUGACAGCUAUUGAUAUGAUGCACAAAGAAGGUCUGAACGGUGUGGAUAAUGGAAUUUUGAUAUUUAACAAAGUUCGGAUUCCACGGGAGAACCUGCUGGACAAGUUUGGUUCUGUGGCUCCCGAUGGACAGUACCGUUCACCUAUUCAAAGCAAGAGUGCAAGAUUCAAUGCAAUGCUGGCAACGCUGACCCCUACAAGAUUAGCAGUGGCCUUCCAAGCUAUGGGAGCUAUGAAGCUUGGACUGACGAUAGCCAUCCGCUAUAGCCACAGCCGAAGGCAGUUUGGGCCCAAGGAUAGAGAAGAGGUGAAGAUCAUUGAGCAUCAGAUGCAGAGCCUCAGGCUGAUGUCUCACUUGGCUACGGCCCUGGCCCUGACCUUCACCAGCAGGCAUGCGGCCUACAUCCUGGAUGAAGACAUCUUCCAGGGAAAGGAACUCAUCAACAGACGCUCACUGCAGUCGCUGAUGGCCGGGCUGAAGGCCUACAGUACCUGGGAGACGGUGAGCUGCCUACAGGACUGUCGCGAAUGCACCGGAGGCAUGGGUUACAUGAUGGAAAACCGAAUCUCAGGCCUGAAAUGUGACACAGAUGUGUUUGUAACCUUUGAAGGUGACAAUGUCGUCAUGCUUCAGGUCGUGGCCCGGGAACUGCUGGCCCAGUACAGCAAGCAGCAUAAGAAAAAGCCGCUCUUGGGUCUGAUCCAGGGCUGGACUGCAACUGCCAGCGACAAGCUGAGAACCAGCUUCCUGGCAUUUAGCACUGACACAGUGGGCCAUCUUGCCUUUCUGCUGAAAGCAGUGACUUUUCGAGAAAGGGUCCUUCAGCGGAGUCUGGUGUCCAGAAUUUACUAUAAGGUGGUGGUCAGGAAGGGUGACUUCUUCAGUGUCUGGAACUCCUGCAUGCACCAUGUCACCUCACUGUCUCUGGCACACAUUCACAGAGUUGCGCUAGAGCAGUUCUCCACAGCAGUGAGGAGCUGUCCCGACAGGGAGGACCAGGCCUUGCUAAUGAAGUUUUGUCUGCUGUAUGGAACAAAGCUGGUGUUCCAGGAGCGAGGCUGGUACUUAGAGCAUAAAUACUUGACUCCCACGGCCAGCAUGCGCAUCAGGACUCAGCUGCUGGAUCUGUGCGAGUCCGUGAAGGAUGAUGCCCUGAAGGUGAUCUCCGCCUUCAACAUCCCGCACACCAACAUCCACGCACCAAUCGCAGGGAUCCCCAACCCCCAGGCUGCCUGGGCCUUCUACCCGGCGCCCACGCAGCCGCUGGCGCAGGAAGGGACACGCUCCCAGCUGGCCAAGCUGUGAGCCAGGCUCUUACUGGCGCCGGGAGAAGUGUGGUGUCCCGUCCUCCAGCUAGUGCCCGGAGCUGGAGAAGAGGCCACAGGGGCAGAUGCCGGACAGCCACCCUUGAGGAUUUUGUCCAGGCAGAGGGAGGAGGGCCGGCUAAGGCCAGCAGGGCGCAGGACAGGUUGCCCGGGAGAGGGAGCCCCAGGUGGAUGCCGCAGCAGCACUGUGACUUAUCCUGGCCUGGUAAACCUCGCCUGGCCUUUGCCUGGACCUCUCCCCAGACAAUCGGGUGGUCUCGCCCAUAGCCCGGUGCCGCCAAAGAUCUCUGCUGUCACUCAGAUUUCCAGUGACAAAAAAAAAAAAAAAAAAAAGACACCACUCUGGCUCAGGGUAAAAAAAAAAAAAAAAAAAUCAAAACAAAAAUCAAACACCCUUAGGCGAAAGGGGUGGAGGAAAGCUCCGCCCACUCCACUCCAAGCGCGGGCAAAAGUUCAACGAGGGAUGUUUAGUGAAUCAGACUUGCUCCAGGUGGGGGGUGGGGAUUGCGCUGGAGAGACAGCGGAGUUUGUGCCCGCAGUCGUCCUGGUCCCACGCAGGACAGACCGUUCACAGCACUAAACUGCAACCCUUUGGAAAAGCGUAGAUGCAGGGUUUAAAUAAAUUCGGGGGUAGAAAGGUGCUCCCCGCGGCUCGGGGAGGUAGGGAAGGCUGGCCCGGGGGAUGACCGCAAUAAACUGGUUUUGGAAUCCGGAGAGAUUCCCCGGGCGGAAAUGGCUCUCUCACUCGCGUUCUGACUUUGGCUUUGCCCGGUCUCCUUCUCCUCUCUCGCCACCGUCUCACGUCCCUCCGGAAGGCACCGGUGACCCGCUGGCCCUUUCCACGCUGCCCUCCUCGGCCGCCAGGCGCUCUCCAGACUCUGCCCAGGGGUCCCUGGCGGCCUGACCGGAGGCGCUCGGUGGACGCUCCCUAGACUGCCUGGUUCGCUGCUGAGACGAGCCUCCGCCUCCAGGCCGGCUUCCUGAUUCAGCCCUAAAUUAAGCACACAGCCCAAGCCCGUUGCUUUCCCCCACUGCCUGUCUAUUUUCUUUCAGUGUGCCCAGGGUUGCAGAGUCGAAAAACUCCAGGGCAGCCCUCUCCUACAAAGAAACGGGGAGAGGACCCCCCCCCCAGGUCUGGUUCUUUUCUAGUCCAAUUCGGAGGCGCCUGGCUCCCCGCUGAGGGCCCAGGGCAGGCAGAACUGUUACUGGCUGCGGGCCCCUGCAGCACCAGCAGACUGGGCCGCCCCGGAGGGAUGCCGAG